AUGUCUGGGAAGUUGCUCUUGGCUUGGACGGCGGUGGUGGCGGCGGUGGCGGUGGGCCACACGGCGGUGGCCCAGUCCACGCUGGAGGACGAGGCGAGGCAGUUCCUCCAGUGGGUGGACGACAACGCCACGGUGCUCGUGUACGAUUACACCCGGGCCUCCUUCGCUUACAACACCAACAUAUCUGAUGAAAAUGCUGACAAAGUGUCUGAACUGGGGGCAAUAUGGAGUGCAUACUACACCAAAGCUUCCGAGGACUCUCUCAAGUUCCCCAUAGAUCAAAUAGAGGACCCUAUGACGAAGCUGCAGCUAAUAGCACUGCAGGACAAGGGAUCUGGUGUUUUGCCUCAAGACAAGCUUGAUCGUCUGAAUGAAGUAAUGAAUGAAAUGGGCAGCAUCUACAGUACAGGCACUGUGUGCAUGAAGGACGACCCAUUUGACUGCCAAACUCUGGAACCGGGUCUUGAGAGCGUCAUGGCCAACAGUAAAGACUACUACGAGCGUCUGCAUGUGUGGGAGGGCUGGCGGACGGAGGUGGGUAAAAAAAUGAGGCCCCUCUACGAGGACUACGUCGAUCUGAAGAAUGAAGCUGCCAAGCUUAAUGGUUAUGCUGAUUAUGGCGCCUACUGGAGAUCAAACUACGAGACAAUGGAUGAAGGGGUCUACCAUUACACUCGUGAUGACCUUAUGAAGGAUGCUCGUGUGAUAUAUCAAGAGAUAAUGCCCUUGUACAGGGAGCUCCAUGCAUAUGUGAGGGCGAAGCUCCAGGAAACCUACCCGGGGCACAUUCAUCCCGAGGGGGGACUGCCCGCUCAUCUUCUGGGCGAUAUGUGGGGCAGAUUUUGGACAAAUUUGUAUCCACUAUCUGUGCCUUAUCCACACAAACAGGAUAUUGAUGUCUCUGACGCUAUGGUGAACCAGGGGUGGACAAUCAGACGGAUGUUCGACGAGGCUGAGACGUUCUUUAUGUCUGUGAACUUGUUUGAACUCUUUCCCAAUUUCUGGACGAACUCCAUGACCGAAAAACCUGACGAUGGUAGACAGGUUGUGUGCCACCCAACAGCCUGGGACAUGGGCAACAGAGAGGACUACAGAAUCAAAAUGUGCACCAAAAUCAACAUGGAUGACUUCCUCACGGUCCACCAUGAGCUAGGUCACAUCCAGUACAACAUGGCCUACCGCAAUCUACCCUACUUACUGAGAGACGGAGCCAACGAGGGCUUCCACGAGGCCGUGGGCGAGAUCAUGUCUCUCUCGGCAGCCACACCCAAACACCUGAAGGCUCUUGGCCUGCUCCCAGCCGACUUUAAGGAUGACGCUGAGACGGAGAUUAACUUCCUGAUGAAGCAGGCCCUGACCAUCGUGGCUACAAUGCCCUUCACCUACAUGCUGGAGGAGUGGAGGUGGCAGGUGUUCCAGGGCACCAUCCCUAAGGAAGAGUGGAUGAAGCGUUGGUGGGAGAUGAAGAGAGAUCUUGUGGGCGUGGUGGAGCCUCUGCCCAGGGACGAGACGUACUGUGACCCGCCAGCGCUGUACCACGUUUCUAGCGAUUUCUCUUUCAUCAGGUACUUCACAAGAACCGUCUACCAGUUCCAGCUGCAGGGAGCCCUGUGUGAAGCCGCUGGACACACUGGUCCUCUCUUUAAGUGUGACAUCACAAACUCCACAGCUGCAGGCGACAAGCUGAAGGCUAUGUUAGAAUUGGGGAAAUCACAGUCGUGGACCCGAGCUUUGGAGCAGGUGGCUGGGGUGACAAAGAUGGAUUCCAAACCCCUGAUGGAUUACUUCAGCGUCCUCUAUGAUUGGCUGAAGGUGGAGAAUCAGAAACACAACAGGAACCCGGGGUGGAAGAGCGCCCAGGACCCAUUUUCGGCUGACGCGUUUAAAGUGCGAUUGAGCCUGAAAGCUGCACUGGGAGACCAGGCUUAUCCCUGGAAUGACAAUGAACUGUACCUGUUUAAGACUGCUAUGGCUUAUGCUAUGCGCCAGUACUAUACAAUUGAGCAUGGACAACAGAUGGACUUCACGUCAGAGAAUAUCUACACUUACAAAGAAAGCCCCAGGGUCUCGUUCUAUUUUGUGGUGACUGAUCCAGCCAACCCCGUCAAAACCCUUCCAAAAGCAGAAGUGGAGGCAGCCAUUCGCUUAUCCAGAGGGCGUCUCAACAGUGCAUUCCUCCUUGAUGAUAACACCUUGGAGUUUGAGGGUCUCAUAGCAACAUUAGCCCCUCCCACAAAGCCUGCAGUGGAGGUGUGGCUAAUCGUGUUUGGGGUGGUCCUUGGCUUAGUGGUGUGUGUGGGUGCCUUCUUGAUUGUCUCAGGAGUCCGAAACAGGAGAAGGAAAUCACAGAAAGGAGAAGAAGAAUCCAGCGACCAUGGAAACCAGCUCGAAGGAGAGACAAAUAAAGCCUUUGAAGACCAUGAUCACCAGACAGUAUUUUAAACACAACAGCUCAUCAAUCUACAACCUUUUUUAACAGCAACCCAUUAUAACAUUUUGAUGAAACUGAUAUAGAUCUAGAAUAUGUUUAUAUGUAAAAGAAAUUGUAUAUUUUGAUAUUAAAUGCUGUAUACUAUUUUUAAUUAAAUGCUUGUAUCAUAAAACCGAGUACUACUGUAUCUAUCUAUCAUGUCCAUU